GUGUGAUGAAUGUGGAAGAGGUCUUGGAUCUGGAUAUAUCUAUACCAACCCAACCACUAUUACCUGAAUCACCAGAUCCAAGUUCUAAUGCUACAACAGAGCCCUACUACCACAACUGCUCUACUAAUACAUUAACAGAUCUCCUUUUAACCGAUUCAUCUUUAGUAUCUGAACCUCCCACUACAGUCAAUACAAAUCAUUAA